GAUUGGCUGAGCGCUUGUGUCGCUGGUUUAAUGUUUAAUGUUUUGUGCGCGUUGUUUUCACGGAUCAUUGUAUUUUCUCUUGUAGAUCGUCUGAUUGUAGGUUCGUCUAUUCCACACUAAAUCCAUUUCUUUGCUGUUAUUUUUUAAUGGGACGAUUAUCCUGCGGUUUGUGAAGUUUGGAUGUGAACACGACACUUUCACUUUCACACCGGACCAAAUGACGCAGGUGAAAAGUCUCACGUGCGAAUUCACAUGUUUUUGAUGAUCGAUGUAAAACAUGGCAUGUCCAGUGGCAGAGUUGAAGCCCCUGAAGCACAGCAGCAGUUACGAGAUUCUUCCUCCAGAUUUUUUGGAGCUGAGGCUUGUUCUUCUGGGGAGCAGCUGGAGUCUGAGGAGCUCUGUGGGAAACCUUCUUUUGGGAAAGUCUGGGUCCAUCAAAUUUUUACCUCAAUGUGUUAAAGUCAGAGAAACAUUCCAGAACAAACCAGUGACUGUGAUCUACACUCCAGACCAGCUCUUCUCCACCACCUCUCAACAAGAACUCCAGCCGUUCAUACGAGACAUUAAAGAUCUGAGUGCCCCUGGUCCUCAUGUGUUCCUGCUGGUUCUACAGCCUGAGGACUUCACUGAGCAACACAAAAGCAGACUACAGUCAGUCCUGGAGAGCCUCAGUGAGCAGGCCUUCCAACAUUCACUGGUGCUGAUGUUCAGGCCACAAGCAGAGACACCAGGGUCCAUGGAGAAAUACAUGAGACAGACACAUAUAAGAGACAUGAUCAUCAGAUGUAGAUACAGAUAUAUGUGGAUGCAUCACUCUGAUCUAUAUCAACAUGAUCUGGAUCUGAAAGUAUUUAAACGUAAAGAGCUGUUCUCAAGAAUCUGUGACAUGUUGAAAGAGAACAGUGGAAAUCAUCUGAGCCCUGACCCCUCUGAGGAGGAAGACUCAGGUCUGACUUUGGCCGUUGGUACAAAAGAGAAACCCUCUCUGAACCUGGUACUUUUUGGGAGGAGUGGAGCAGGGAAGACCUCAGCAGCUGAGUCCAUUUUAGGGCAAGCAGAGCUCCCUGCAGCAAGCGGCCCAGGGCAGUGUGUUAAACAUGAGGGAGAGGUGUGUGGGCGUCGGGUGUCUCUGAUGGAGCUGCCAGCUCUGUCUGGAAAACCUCUGGAGGCAGUGAUGCAGCAGUGCCUCCGCUGCAUCUCCCUCUGUGCUCCUGAGGGCGUCCACGCCUUCAUCCUGGUUCUACAGCAGGGUCCCCUCACCGACGAAGACAAGGAGGAGUUUGAAAUCUUACAGAAAACAUUGAGCGCUCAAGUCAAAGACUUCACUCUGGUCCUUAUCUCCAUGGAGUCGGAUGCUGCUGAACCUGUGGACUUCUUCAAAGAAAGUGGUGUGGACCUGGAGGAGUUGUGUCAGAUCUGUGGAAGAAGAGCCCUGUGUCUGAACAUCAGGGACCCACAGCAGGUCCUGGAGGUGAUGAAGACUGUGGACAAACUAACACAAGGGGGCACCAGAGCCUACACCAAAGACAUGUUUACAGAAGCUCUAAUAGAGAAAACACAGAAGUCUCCACAGAUAUAUUUGAGCCAGAUGGAACUGAGGAUUGCUCUGAUUGGUAAAAGUGGCAGCGGGAAAAGUGCUUCUGCAAACACUAUUCUGGGGGAGAGAUGUUUCCAACCAAAAGCUGCUCCAAAAAGAGCGAAGGCGAGGUGUGAGGCGGUGUGUAGGACGGUGCAGGGACGGCAGGUGAUGGUGGUGAUCACGCCCCCUUUAUUUAACAGGAGUUUCAGUGAAGAGGAGCUGUCCAAAUGCAUUUCUCUGCUGGCUCCAGGACCUCACGCAUUUUUACUGCUGCUGCCGAUUGGGAACAUCCACAAUGAAGACCGCCGAUCCCUGCAGCUGAUCAGAGAGAGGCUCGGAGAAAAGGCCAUGCAGUUUGUCAUGAUUGUUUUCACCAGAGGAGACGAACUGGAGAAUCAGUCUUUUCAGAAUUACAUAGAAGAAUGUGAUGACUUUGUUAAGGAAAUGUUAAAGGAGAGUCGGGGCAGGUGCCACAUCUUAAACAAUAAAGAUGAAAGUAAUUGCGCACAAGUUGCAGAAUUACUGAGGAAGAUUGACAAAAUGGUGCAGACAAACUGUGGCUUCACCAAAGAAAUGUUUGAAAGUGAAAGAAAAGAGAUUCAGCAUGAGAUGGAUGUCAAAGCGCUGAAAAACCAACUUACCGAGAACAGUAGAAGGUUUGAGCAGGAGAAGGCGCUGAGAGACAGGCAGCUCAAAGAAACAGAGGAGCUAAUCAAACAGGAGCGCCGGGAACGGAUGAAAGAGCAGGUGGAGGAAACGAAGAGACGCAGACGAGAGGUGGAAACGGUGCGUGUGGAGUGGAAGAAGAGGGUGGAGGAGGUGGAGAGGAGGGCUGGAGGAGAAGCCGAGGAGAGGCGGAGAGCGGAGAAACAACUGGAGCAGCUCCGCAGAGAGAUGGAGCGGCGGAGGCAGGAGUGGGACAAGGAGAGGGCGGACAUCUUGGAGAGUCGCUGUCAGGAGUUGAAGCAGAAUCUGGAGGUGCAGUCGGAGAGCUACAGGCAGCUACUGGAGGAAUACCUCCGCAAACGCAAAAAGUGGACAUGGAUUCUGUUUGUGUCACUGCUGUUUUCUUUGUUUCUGGGAUAUUAUUUUCUCCUCAGCCACAACUGAAGACACGGGGCCUCCAUCCCAUUCUUUUAACACUCUAUGAAUAUUACACUUAAAGACACUGAAAACUUGCAAACAUACAGCACUUCAGAGUCACAGUGCGAUCCAACAUUUAUGUAAAUUUGUCUGAGCACAUUCUGUACUGUACAGGAGACACGGCGUGGAGGAGACUGAUGGACAGUGGUCUACAGUCCUUUAGCCAAUCAGGACGCAGAACACAAUGCACGCUCAUACACUGCAAAAAAGCAUGCAAAAUUCAGAGGCCAAAAAACAGCGAGGCCGCUAAAGGUGAACCACGAUAUAGUGAGGGACAACUGUAAUUGUACUUUUUUGAGUAGAUAUUUAUACCUGUACUUGCACUUGUGUAUAAUUGCAGCCAUAUAAUUGUAAUUUUCUUUUUAAAAAUAAUUUAAGUUACUGAAUAUUGCACAAGUCCCAAUUCUGUAAUCCAUGUCAUGUCUGUGUUUGCUCCUUUCUAUCACGACAAACACAUAACAGCACUGAAUCUGCAAGUUGUGGUUUAAUAUGACUACAUUUAGUUUUACCCAUUUUGAUUGAACACAUUUUGUAUAAAAGUGUGAUCUACAAAGCUUCUAAAAUUGUGUGACAGGGUGACUAGUAACCAGUAUUGAGUAUUAUUUGUCACUCACUUUUUACUUUUACUUAAGAACAAUUUUGGCUGCAGUAUUUGCACAGUACAUUAUUAGCGAUGUAUCAAAUUUUCUGUACUCUUUUCACCGCUGCCGAUUUUUCAUGUAGUAGAGUAAGUCUGUUUAGUCCCUGUACAGAUGCAUUACUUGACGAAGAUACAAUCCAAAUGUGAUGCCAUAGCAAAACCCCACGACGUAAAGCUGCACGAUCUUCAUUUAAAGCCCACCCACAGUUACAUAGUUCAUAGUAUAAUUUAAUAACAUUCUUAUUCUUGAGUCUCCAUUAAAUAUACCGAAUGUUUAUUUUACUUUCAGAAACAUGUAUUCUCAAUGUGAGUGGGCUUGUCUAAAUGGAGAUCACAAAGUUUAAAGCCAUACCGUGUAACAUUCUAGAAAGCAAAGAAGAACAUGUUCCUAGAAACAGUGGCGUAAAAUUGUACAGCUCCUGCAGUUGUCAUCACACAAUCCCAUCAUGCACCUCCAGACCCCAUACUGGCAGAGAAGCGGCUUACCAUAGAAACUAACUCCAUCGGCCAAAAUGAACAAACCUUUUAGGACUUUCAGAGAUUGUGGAUUAUUUUUGCUCACCGGGAUGUAAACAUUAUCAAGUGUAGAAGAAACCGUAAUCCUAACUCUUUUUACAGGAUUUGUCAUGCUCCAGAUUGAAAGCAGAAGUGUUUUUCUGCAACUACACAGGCUGCAGCUAAGCGAGCCGUUUCAUUAGAUAUGAAUGUAUUUUUAUGUUGAUAUAUUUUUGUUUAUUUGGUUUUAUUUUAAUGAUUCAACCAUUGUUUCACGAUUCAAAAACUGUAUGUUUGUGUCUUGUCAUUAGCAUUAUAGUCUAUUUAUUAGGGCAGUGAGAGUAGUCUGAAGAGAGAUGAUCCCAAAGGCAUUUUUCUUAACACUGUUCAUGUGCAUAACAUGAAUUGACUGCUUAGAAAUGUUGACUGUAGAAAAUAAAAUCCCAAACUAAAGUUAAAGCAAUGUUAUUUGUUUUUAUUACAUUGACAUGGGUAAUUUAGCUGCCAAGUAGGCCACAACAUCUGCACAUUAGUUAAAGCACUAACUUUGCUAUUUCAACUGUUUCACAAAGUUUAUUUCAAAAACUUUAUUUGUCACAGACAUCUCCAGGGAUCUUUUGUGACGUGGUAUAAGAAGGUCAAAAGUAAACCAGAUGUCCUGUUAUGGCAGAGUUAAGAUGAAUUCAAUGCGAUCUGUUCUCUUUAAACUUACACCCGUGCCAGGUAAUAAUGUUUAAUCGGUUUAGUUUUAAGAUAAAUCAUUGUCUAUGAUUUCAUUUUAAAAAAAAGAACAUCCAAAGGCAGACUCCUGGCCUUUAUUACCACUAAUUUACACCUAUCAAAUUUUAUC